AUGUCUGGAACAGGCGCGCCUGCCGGAGGAUCCACCGGCGGAUACGGAGGUCCUCCGCAACAUCGCUCCUACGAGGAACGCGCCGUCGCCCGCGAACAGAUGAUGAGCAACAUUCGCGACAGCUCCCAGCAGGACCGCCGCGUCUAUGUCGGCAACCUCUCCUACGACGUCAAAUGGCAUCACCUCAAGGACUUCAUGAGACAGUGUGGGCUUUUACACGUAGUCUAUGGCUGGUUUUCCCUUUGUGGUUUUUCUCCCUCCGGCCUUGAUGGAAUCGUUGGAUUGACGGGUUGGGCGCGCGCCUAUUGGUGUUUAAUUGUGGAAUACGCGACACGGGAACAAGCCCAGAACGCUGUGGCAACCCUUAGCAACCAGAACCUCAUGGGCCGACUCAUCUAUGUCCGCGAGGACCGCGAAGCGGAACCCCGAUUCAUUGGCGCCACUGCGACCCGUGGUGGCUACGGCGGUCCUGGCGGCCCCGGCGGCCACGGCGGCAUGAACCCUGGUGGCUUUGGUGGGCCGGGUGGUUUCAAUGCCGGCGGCGGCGGUGGCGGCGGCGGCCGUCAGAUCUACAUCACCAACCUGCCCUACACGGUCGGAUGGCAGGAUCUCAAGGAUCUGUUCCGACAGGCCGCACGUAACGGCGCCGUAAUUCGCGCCGAUGUCCACCUUGGUCCUGAUGGUCGCCCCAAGGGCACCGGUAUUGUCAUGUUCGAGAGUCCCGACGAUGCUCGCAUUGCCAUUGAGCAGUUCAAUGGCUACGAUUGGCAAGGGCGCCUUCUGGAGGUUCGCGAAGACCGUUUUGCUGGAGCUGGACCCAUGGGCUUCGGCGGCCGUGGCGGCUUCGGCGGCGGCAUGCGCGGAGGCUUCGGCGGCGGCUUUGGCGGUCGCGGCGGCUUUGGCGGUCCGCGUGGUGGCUUUGGUGGAGGCUUCGGCGGUGGCCGCGGUGGUUUCGGUGGAGGCUUCAGCGCCGGCGGUGCGCCUGGCGGCCCCGGCGUGAACCCUGGCGCGUCCGUGCCCCCCAACCCGUUCACCGACUACGCCACUGCCGGCACCGACAAGAGCGAGGUGAUCUACGUGCGCAACCUUCCCUGGUCUACUAGCAACGAGGAUCUCGUCGAGCUCUUCACCACCAUCGGCAAGGUUGAGAAGGCCGAGAUUCAGUACGAGCCAAGCGGUCGCUCCCGCGGCACUGGUGUUGUGCAGUUUGAUGCUGCUGACACGGCCGACACGGCCAUCCAGAAGUUCCAAGGAUACCAGUAUGGUGGACGCCCUCUGGGCCUGAGUUUCGUCAGAUACCUGAGCCCCCCCGGUGCCGGUGGCGACAGCAUGGAUACAGAUGCCCAUGCCGGCCUGACCCAGGACCAGAUCAUGUAA